AUGGUCACUACAAAUUCUCAAAAGAGUAAUCUGGGCAUGAGUUUCUUUCAGAAUAUCAUUAAACCCUUCAAACGCAGCUCCAAUCGAGGUCUUGAAGACGAUAUCGAACGAAUCGCUGCUCUGGAGCAGAAAGUUUUCCCAUUUCAAGUUUUAGUUUCCGCUACUAAAGAUUUCCACCAAACCCAUAAACUCGGCGAAGGUGGAUUCGGACCCGUCUACAAGGGAAGAUUACCUGACGGGAGAGACAUAGCAGUGAAGAAGCUAGCUCAGGGUUCAAGGCAAGGGAAAAACGAGUUUGUAAACGAGGCUAAGUUGUUAGCUAAAGUCCAGCAUCGUAAUGUCGUUAAUCUAUGGGGUUAUUGUACUCAUGGAGAUGAUAAACUCUUGGUCUAUGAGUACGUCGCCAAUGAGAGCCUCGACAAGGUCCUCUUCAAAUCUAAUAAGAGAUCAGAGAUAGACUGGAAGCAGAGGCUUGAGAUCAUAACAGGCAUUGCUCGAGGACUGCUUUAUCUCCAUGAAGACGCGCCGAACUGCAUCAUCCAUAGGGACAUUAAGGCUGGCAACAUUUUACUUGAUGAAAAAUGGGUUCCUAAGAUUGCGGAUUUUGGGAUGGCCAGACUCUACCAAGAAGACGUAACUCACGUCAACACUCGUGUCGCAGGAACCAAUGGUUAUAUGGCGCCGGAGUACGUAAUGCACGGUGCUCUAUCGGUAAAAGCAGACGUAUUCAGCUUUGGGGUUGUGGUUCUGGAGCUCAUUAGUGGCCAGAAGAACUCGAGUUUUAGUAUGAGACACCCCGACCUGACUCUUCUUGAAUGGGCAUAUAAAUUGUACAAGAAAGGCAAGACCAUGGAGAUAAUAGACCCAGAGAUAGCAGCAUCGGCUGAUCCGGACCAAGUCAAACUCUGCGUUCAGAUCGGCCUGCUCUGUGUGCAAGGUGAUCCGCACGAGAGACCACCAAUGAGACGAGUGUCCCUGCUUCUCUCGAGAAAACCAGGAAAUCUAGAAGAACCAGACCGUCCUGGUGUCCCGGGAUCUAGAUACCGUCGUCGAUCACAUCGUCCUUCAGGAGCGUCAUCGGUUGGAACAUUGUCCACCACUGGUUCGAGAACAGAUUCGUUCGGUUCGAACUUGAACACAAACACAGGAACCAACUCAGGAACGGGUAGAAAUACUCCAGCGUCAUCUAGGACUCCGACUCGAACUCACGCCACUAGAAGUGCAGGUGCAAGCUCUAGCUCAGACCCUCACGGGAAACGACCUAUGAGUUAUUGA